AGUGGGCGGGGCGAUAGCGCCUUCCGCCGCGUCGCGUCGAGUUCGGGCCGCCGUACGGGAUGAAGAAGGCGGAGGCCGCGGUGGCCGUGGCGGGCUGUGGCGGUGGCGCGCCCGUGCCCGGGUUCCUGGCCAAGCUGUGGGCGCUCGUGGAGGAUCCUGGGAGCGACGCUGUGAUCUGCUGGAGCCGGAAUGGACAGACGUUUAGCAUUCUGGAUGAGCAGAGGUUUGCUAAAGAGCUACUUCCCAAGUACUUCAAACACAACAACUUGUCCAGCUUCAUUCGUCAGCUCAACAUCUAUGGCUUCAGAAAGGUGAUUGCACUGGAAAAUGGCAUGAUGACAUCAGUGAAGAACUUGGCCAUUGAAUUCCAGCACCCGUUUUUCAAGCAAGAGAAGUUCAGCUUGCUGGCAAACAUCAAACGCAAGGUGUCUGCAGUGAGGCCGGAGGAUCUCAAGGUCUGCCAGGAGGACUUGCACAAAGUGCUGUCGGAAGUCCAGGAAAUGAGAGAGCAGCAGAGCAACAUGGACCUCAAGCUGGCCAGUAUGAAAAGAGAAAACCAAGCCCUGUGGAAAGAAGUGGCAUCUCUCAGGCAGAAGCACAGCCAGCAGCAGCAGCUCCUCUCCAAGAUCCUUGAGUUUAUAUUGAACUUGAUGAGGCGAAACUGCAUUGUGGGGCUUAAACGGAAACGAUCUCUGUCAGAUGGUUCAGGUGCCUCACCUUCGAAAUACGGCCGUCAGUAUCUUCGCAUUCCUGUUGAGGAUUGUGAAACGGCAGCUAUUUCUGAGCACAAACCAGGCUGCGAAGAUGGACUCGUAAUUCGUGACAUCACUGAUGUUCAUGAGGGGGAGGAGGACGACGACGACGACAACCAGAAGGAUUGCCCAGAGAAGCCUCUUGCUCUAGCACACGUGAGCAGCGGGAAUUGGGAUGCCCAGCUGCCCGCUAGAGAAGGCAUCCUUCCCUGUGAAGCACUACAGACCUUGGGGCUAGAACCACCAGAAGUCAUCUGUCCAGUUCAGCUUGCGGACAGCCCAGUGGAGGGUGGAGGGGAAGAGAGCAAUGCUGUGGAGCUACAUUCUGCAGAGCCUCCUGCGACCGAAGACCCUGCUGCAGUGAUAGCUUCCAUCUUGGAUGAAAACCAGGCGGUGGCACAGAGUGGCUCUGUGCUGGAGAGAUUUCCCACUUUCUUCCCUAGGGAGGAGAUGCAAGACUUCUUGAACUGUAUUGACGCAAGCCUCGAGGAGCUUCAGGCAAUGUUGUCUGGAAAGAAGCUUAACUAUAGUUCGGAAAUGCUCACCGAUCCCUUUGGUUCUGAACUUACCGUGUUGGAUGAGAACUUGACAGACGUUCCCCCCAAUUUGGACAGCGUGGAGCAUCUGCCAGAAAAUACAGACGCUGUGGAGACGGACGAGCAGGAAACGUCAGGGAAGAAUGACAUGCAGCUGAUACAAUACAGGGGGAACCCGUUGCUUUCAUUAUUGGAAGAUGUCCCUUCGAGUGAGGUUGUGUGCAAGAUGGAGAAUGCCGAUGAUGUUCUCCUGGCUUCGCUGGAGGACAGACCUUCCCUUUCUCUUGCCUCUGGUAGUGAGGAGACUGUUCAGCAGUUUCCAGAUUCAGCUGUCCAAGCUGAUGACAGCCCUGGCCUGGAGCCUCAAGACCAGCCCCUUCUCCCUGAAGAUGUGAGCGGGGAAUACAAGCUUUUUCCACUUUUGCUUCUCAGCCCAGUUGCAAACUUCAUAGAAGAGGCCUCCGAAAUAAAACCUCUUGAACCCGACAAAGAUCUUCUGGAAGCUGCUUCCCAGCUGUAGCAAUACCCAGAACGUGCCUGAGCCUGUCUAAGAGAGCCACAUCUCUCCUUCUGCAACCUAGUCCUCGACUUGGAUGAAAAGAGUUGGCUUCACCAAAGCAGAGUUCCAAGGAAGGCAGGCUCCACAACCAAGCCUGUGCCGCGUUGCAUUUUUUAAAAAAAUAGUAGUCUGCUUCCAGCUCCUUUUUUUUUUGUACACCUUGUAUUGCCAGUUUGUAUUUCUGUAGCGUUCCUAGGUUAGGGUUUUUUUUUUCAUUGUAAAACUUCCUUUUCCCGCUAUCAACAAUAGUCUGAUUUUGUAUUGGGCUGAAUCCUGUUUUAUGCACUCCUAUAUUUGCAUCUUCUUAUCUGCGUAAACAAUGUCUGUUUCCUAUGGAAAAUAAUGUAUUUUUAACUCAGAUCCAUAAAAGUAUGCAGAAAGAGA